AGGAAGAGCUCGCCAAGAAUGCGGGAAUGCUCGAGGCCGCCAUUGCUGCGGCUCUCGAUGCCAGGGACGCGCAGCGGCAGCAGGAGGCCAAUCAAUGGGUGAGCGCCUUCGUUUCCAGGCCGCAAAUGUGGACUGUGGCCUUGUAUCUCGCCUUCCCUCCCGAUGGCUCCGCGCUGGGACGAUCAGCGGAGGUGAAGUUCUUCGUGCUCAAUCUGCUGCUGUCCAAGCUGCGAUCGGACUGGGUCCAGCUGGAUGAGAUUGACGCGCACGAGAUUUUCGAUCUUCUUCUCUGGCAAUUGCCUAAAAAUGUAGGAGAUAGAAUCGUGGCGAGCCGGGUGUGCGUCGUUUUGAGCGCUGCUGCUGCUGUUGCUGGAGGAGAGGCGUGCUCCCAGCUGGUGGCAGAUGUAAUCGAGAAAACAGACAUGACAAACGAGGUAGCGGUGUCUCUGGCGCUAGAACUGUUGAUCGCGCUCGCGGAAGAAACGCUACACAGGUCUCGAGCUCUUGCGUGGGAAGUUAUGCAAUGCAUCCAGUUAUCCUACCCGCGAGUUCUGGGCUUUCUUCAAAAUGUAACUAGCGUCCCACUUCUGGAGAAAACGCUAACGUGCUUCGAGAGAUGGUUGCAAGGUGGUGGCACUUUGUCUGAAACGUACUCGGAUUAUCCGAAAAUCUUCAAUGUGCUGCUGGCUUCCCUGGGAUCCGAUAACGAGUCCUGUGUGAUUGCGUCGUCUGCAGCGCUGUCCGAGCUUAUUUCAGCUGUCGAUUGCCUUCCAGGCAGGGAUGCUGCAGUGCGAGCAGUUAUUUCCGCUCUUCUCAGCUACAAAAGGUACUUCAACAGCUCCUCCCAACGACGCUCGCAUGCUUUGUGCUGCGUUCUUGCUGCUCUCGGGGCUUCCGAACCCGCAUUGAUUUGUAAAGGAGGUCCGGAAGAUUUACUCUUGAUCGAGUGGAUGAUCGAUGCAACCGGCGGCGGCGGUGGUCUUGGUAUUGAUGGAGCGGCAAUGGUGGCAGUGGCGUGGCCCCGUUUCGCCACCAUCUCCUCGGUAAAUGUUCCUCGAGAGAAGAUAUUCCUGGCUAUCUUUGAGGCACUUGCAAGGGUUGCAAAGCAUCCCUCUGACGAUUUUGACAUAGACGACGAUGAUUUUUGCGGAUUUCGCUAUGGCAUAGCUGAGGAUGCUAUUGCUUCCUGUUUCAAGGUGCUAAGGUGCGACCUUAUAGUGUAUAUUUCUGAAAAUUUACUGCAAGCCUCUUGUUGGCAACACGCGGAAUUCUAUCUGUAUGCAGUUUCUUGUCUACGAGAACAGAUUACUUCCGCUGUUGACACUCAAAAGGCUGCCGUAGAACUUUUGAGGAGCUUGUUUUCCGGAGCUUUUGGAGGACACAAUCUUCUGGAAUCAGUCAGUGCGAGAUGGCCGUCUGGGAAGCUUGUCAAUACGGCUGCAAGGCUACUCAAAAGCUUCUCAGAAUGGAUUGCUGCCGAUCCUGUAGCACUUGAGAAAGCUGUGAGCUACAGCAUUACAGCUCUUGCUGUUCCUGAUGCGAAGGCAUCCGGUGCUGAAUCCUUACGUGAACUUUGCCGAGCAUCAGCAUCGCAGUUAGCCGCUGCGCGUGCUCUGUCUCCACUGAUGGGAGCUUGCGAAACAGCAAUCACUACUUCAUUAGGAGGGCUGCAAAGCAAGGAGAGCGUUAUGCUGAUCGAAGGACUUGCAGCCGUUGCCGCUGCAUUGCCAGUCCAUGAAUCGGAAGCAACUAUCCAGGGCUUAACAGCCUCGGCGGUGGCUACAAUCAAACAAUGCUCAGUGAUGCAAGUUACUGAUGCAUAUGGCAAACCUUUGGAAAGUGCCUUGAGAACGAUAAAAGCUGUUGUGGACUUUGGGAGAAAAUCAGACGCACAUCCUGCGGUGCCAGUUUUGCGAGAAAUUUGGAGUAGUCUUGAUGUUCUAGCGACAAACUGGGCGACAAGCAUUGAUGUUGCUAGAAGUUUGUGCGACUUAUGGGGAGCUUUGGCUACUCGAAUGGGCGUCAUGAUGGAGGAUGUACUUCCCCGUGUGCUGGGACUUGUCACGGGCAUGUUUAAGCAGCACCUCGUUCCUUCUUGCAUCCAAUGUUUGUGCAGCAUUGUUGUCCUGGUAUCGUCGUCUAAGACAAUGCACGAUGAGCUACACUUCUGUUUGUCAAACUGCCUACAAGAAGUCAGUGAUGUCGUUGAAUUCCUGGAGCUGGUGGUUUUAAGUCACCAAGAAUCUCGACAGCGCAAAGACAAUGCCUUUGAAUCGCUAGGUGCGAUUUGUAGCCUCGGCAGCAGCUGCCUCCGGGACAUCCCUCUCGUUUUUGUUCCGUCAAAGUCGCUGGCAAAGUUUUUCGGGUGUGCCAUUGGUGUUUUGCAAAGAGGUGAUUCUGAGCCUGCAGUUUAUGCUGCUAAGUUCAUAACAAGUACUAUUUUUCUGGGAGGAUUGAGCGAGACGGAGUCGUGGCGGAUUUCUCAGGACCUUAAACCAUAUGUCAAUGAAAUUGUCGUCCCCAGCAUACCAAGACUGGUAGAGACAGUCGUCAGGUACGUGGCCUACGGACAACUGACCGUGAUCUUCAGAGACGCCUUAGCAGACAUCCUAUACAGUCUAGCUCUGGAACACCCAGCCAGCACGGAACCUGUACUUCGUGCCUUUGUCACCUCUCCAGAGCUACCAGCAAGGCAUGGAGUCAUGGACGAAGCAAGCAAGCGGCAAUUCGUAGCAGCAGUCAUGCGAACACACCUGAGACGAGCUUUUCAAGAGCUAGUCUUGGACUUUUCUCGAGUCCUUCAGGCGGCGAGCCCUGCCGAAGUCCUGUUCCAGUACUGAGAAACGCGAGCCCUGCCGAAGUCCUGUUCCAGUACUGAGAAACGCGAGCCCUGCCGAAGUCCUGUUCCAGUACUGAGAAACGUGGCACGACUUAGCCGACGAAAAAACUACAGAGCGAGGGAAUAUCAAGAAUGAUCAAACAUGCGAAGCUUCCCAGGAACAAUAGAAAAAGGAGAGAAACUCUUGUCAAAGAUGGUCCAUUCAACUCCCCUUAUAUAAAGCUCUAGUGGUGCCACAGCUUCAACAAAUCAUUCAUACAGUUGCUAGCUCAUCCACAGCAGCAGCGGUUUCUACGCACACAAUCUAGCAACUUCUGCACUGAUUUCCAUGGC